CAUGGAUCAGGCUUUCUUCUAAGCAGGUUUACACUGAAAGUCAACGUUGGGACCAGAGAUGCUUCUUUAAAAUCUUUAUAUCACUGCAGGAACAGCCAAGGAACAAUCCGCAGUGAACUUGCUUCAGAAGAAUAUGCACAUUUAAAUUCCAGCCAUCUUCAUGUCCAAAGUUCCAGCUUUAAACAAAAUGCUGGUUAUUACAGUCCUGCUGGCUGUCUUUGGCCUUGUCAGAUGUCAGGAAUUACCUACAACAUAUGACCUGUUGGAAGAGUUUGGCUUGUCCAAGUCUAGAAGGGUGAGAAGGGUCAAUGGGUCUGAACCUGACGCGGUGGCGUACCGUGUUAACCCGUCCCUCCACCUCAAGAGGAGCACGAGCAACAUCUACCCAGGUGGUUUACCAUCUGACUACUCUGUCAUCGCCACAUUUAAAGUUCCCAAGGACACAGCUAAAACAUCUUGGAAUCUGUGGCAAGUCAGCAAUUCUGAAGGCCGGGAGCAGGUGGGCCUUCGUUUUCAGGGCGACACUAAAACCCUGGACUUCUUCUACACCAGCCCGCAAGGCACACAGAUGCUGCGGACCUUCCAGAGAGUGAAAAAACUCUUUGACGGUGAGUGGCACAAGCUGGCAUUGAGUGUAAAAGGAGAGCGGGUGAAGCUGCUGGUUGAUUGUGAGGAGGUCAGCGUGGAGCCUCUAGAUGAGCCACGGUCCGUGAUCCAUCAAGGCUUUACCUCCAUCGUCAAGAGGGCAGUAGGUGACCGUUCUGUUUUGGUGGAUCUGCAAAAGAUGGAGGUCUCCUGUGAUGCUGAUCAAGCACACUCUGAAGGCUGCUGUGAACUUUCCAGUGUGUGCGGAGGAUAUGCUGAGAUUGGUUUAACUGCAGGAAGAGGAAGAGCCACUUGUAAAUGUGUAAACGGACAGCCUGGUGUCCAGGGGCGCACAGGACCCAAGGGUCACAGAGGCAUGCCAGGAAAUCCGGGAGAUCCAGGCAGAGUGGGAAACUGGGGUAUUAAUGGACAAACUGGAGAUUAUGGGCAUAUAGGAGAACCUGGGCCUAAGGGUGAAGGCGGCAUUAAAGGAGAAAAGGGCAUGAGAGGACCUCGAGGCCAGGAGGGUGACAGAGGACCCAAAGGCCUGAAAGGGCUAAAAGGAGCUUCAGGUCAUAAGGGAGUGCGAGGGUCACCUGGAGAGAGGGGUGAAACUGGCCAGCAGGGGGAAGUUGGUGCAGCAGGAGAACGGGGAUACGAGGGGAUUGUGGGCUAUCAGGGCGUGAAGGGAAAUGAAGGCUUACCCGGAGCUGAAGGAUCUCGAGGGCCACGGGGUCGCCAGGGGAUUGGGGGAAAUCCUGGUGAACGAGGAACACCUGGAGAAAAGGGAAAGCUAGGUACUCAAGGCCCAAAAGGAAAUGUUGGUGGGAUAGGGGAAAAGGGUAUAGUUGGUGAUCCAGGUUUGCCAGGACGAGAUGGAGAUCCUGGAAUUGAGGCUUAUCAAGGACCACAGGGACCUGAAGGAAGACAUGGACGAGUUGGUGAAAGGGGUGAAAAAGGUGAACAAGGGCCUCCGGGGGAAAUGGGCCCUCCUGGACUAACAGGUCUGCAAGGUUACAAGGGCUCCGCUUCAAAACCAGGAAGACCAGGAUUUAUUGGGCCCCCUGGAAGAACGGGGCACAUGGGAAUACCCGGCAGGCCUGGCCCCAAGGGUGAAACUGGCAUUCCAGGGGUCCAGGGAAGCAAAGGGGAAAAGGGUGCAAAGGGAGUCAAAGGACCUAAAGGCAGGACAGGAGACGCCGGUGUUCCAGGGAAACAGGGAAGUAGAGGAAAGCGAGGCCCUGCUGGAGAAUCGGGUAAAAAAGGCCCUGUAGGCUCCAAGGGAGUGAGGGGAGACGGUGGUCCAGUGGGCUUUCAGGGCCCAUCAGGCCCACCAGGCCCCACUCUUCCUGCUCAACAUGUUAUCGAGGUCUGCAAGAGGGUGGUGCUGGAGCAGAUGUCCACAUUUGCCAACUCUGUGAAAAGGACUUGUGCGGCUGUCUGCCCGCUCUAUGGAGACGUGCCAAUGGGCGCUCCAGGUCCCCCAGGACCAAAAGGACCACCUGGACCUCCAGGUGAUCCUGGCAUUGAUGGUCUCAAGGGGGAAAUCGGGCAGCAGGGAUUCUACGGAGAACCUGGUGACCAAGGAAGACAGGGCUCAACAGGUGACAGUGGAGAACCAGGAGACAAGGGAGCUAAAGGCUAUGGCCUUCCCGGCCAUACUGGGGAGCAGGGACCAAAGGGUCAGCGUGGGCGACCUGGCCGGGCAUUUGAUGGCCAACCAGGUCAGAUGGGUGAGAGAGGCCAUGUUGGCCAGCCUGGUUUGAGAGGCCAUCCUGGACUACGUGGAGUUCCUGGAGUCUGUCUUACAUCUGGGUGUGCCUUACUCAAUGCUACUUCUAAUGCACAACCACGACAAGCACUUCAGCAGAUGCCCCUACAGGCACCUCAACAAACACCCCAAAGUUCACCUCAACGGGCAUCUCAUAGGUCUAGAGGACGACAAUGAAUGCACCCUAAAAAGCUCAGACAGGGACGUGUGAAUAGUAUUAUGGCGGAAGAAUUAGAAACUGAAAUUGUGACAUGAAUGGUAAUUAAUGUAAAUAUAACUGAAAUGUGUCCAUCAAAAGAGACUGAAACACUUAUUUAACUUUGCAAAAUGCUGAGUUAUAACAAACUGCAAGAACUUGAAAUUGCUGACUAAGUUUCAUUAGGCUAAUUUAAACGUACAGAUAAAGUAUGCAUAUAUUAUAUUAGGAACAAAUGUAUAUGUAGUUUCAAAAAGAUUGGCAAAUUGCUCAAUUUUAUUUUCAAAAAUGCUGUUUAUAAUAAAAAUGAAACUAAUUCAUAUAAGCACAAUUCUCUCUCUCUAUCUCGACUUAUGAUUGUAGUGUAACAGGUUAUGUGCAUUUGGGGCAUUUGUUUAUGGGAGAUUCUGAACUAAAUUUACAGAGACCGUAAAGUUCAUUAUGCUGUCUGUAGUUCCAUUGGUUUAUAUUUUCUUAUUCCAGAACAUGGUCCUUGACCGGAUUUGAAAUAAUUCAACAUUAAACGGGUCAUGAAUUGAGAAAUUUUAAUUCAUCAAUUUGCCAUGACAUGAAUAAACUACAUUUUUAAAUAUAUUAAAAUAGCAAUUGUAACAUCACUUCACAAUAUUACUGUUUUACUGUAUUUUUUAACAAAUAAAUACAGCC